AUGGCGACCCAGCAGUUGGCUGCCAGUUCCUGCCCAGCCCUCACCUACCUGCUGUCCCAGCCCUGCCGUGCAGUCUACAUCUUCGCCAAAAAGAACGGCAUCCCCUUCGAGCUUCACACCCUGGAGCUGACCACAGGUUGGCAGGGCAGUAAGCAGCUUUACAUAGUGGGCAGUUUGCAGAGCAAACUAGCAGUUUUAUUUACAGUAGCCAAGGCCAGCACCAUCCUGAUUUACCUGAGCUGUAAGUACCAGACAGUGGACCACCGAUAUCUGUCUGACCUGCAGGCUCGUGCCCGUGUUCAUGAGUAUCUGGGCUGGCACGACUGCGUCUGUGGCACCUUUGGUGUACUCCUGUGGACCUGGGUGCUGGGGCCAUUCACUGGGGUCCAGGUGCCCAAGGAGAAGGUGGAACACAACAUGGAUUACACACUGCAGUGGCUAGAGGACAAGUUCCUGGGGGACAGGGCCUUCCUUGCUGGCCAGCAGGUGAUGCUGGCUGAUCUCAUGGCGCUGGAGGAGCUGAUGCAGCCGGUGGCUGUCGGCUAUGAACUGUUUGAGGGACAGCCACGACUGGCAGCAUGGCGUGGAUGAGUGGAGGCUUUCCUGGGUGCCGAACUGUGCCAGGAGGCCCACAGCCUCAUCUUGAGCAUCCUGGAAAAGGAGGCCAAAAAAACCCUCCCAACACCCCCAGCAGAGGCCUAUCCGACUAUGCUGCUUCAAACUGCCAGGAUUCCCUGAAGGGUCUGGGAUAGGGGCCAGAUCAGCACUGGGGAUUAAUUCUGUUUCUUACUUGCCUCUUUUUAUCUUUCCAUCUUGCGUCAGUUCCUUGUCUCCAGCUUCCGGUGAAGCUCUGCACAGGCAGGACACUCAGUGUCCUUGGCAGUGCUGCCACUCCUCAAAUGCAGCAUACAUAACCAAUAGGAGACUAAAUCUGCAAUAUAUAAAGAGCUCCUACAAAUCAACAACAUGAAGAAAGCAAUCAAAAAUUGGCAAAUGUCAUCAGUGUUUUAAAUAAAAUAAAGAUUCCGAACACUUUGAAUAGGG